AUGGACAGCUGGACGUGGAGUGCCUGUGUCCUCUGCCUGCUGGGCCUUCUACCAGUCGUGCUGGGCCAGGUGCACCCCGAGUGUGACUUCAUCGCCCAGCUGAGAGAAGACGAGAGCGCCUGUCUGCAGGCAGCACGGGGGACACCCAACGCCACCCUGGGCUGCCCGCGGACCUGGGACGGGCUGCUGUGCUGGCCUGCAGCAGGCUCCGGCGAGUGGGUCACCCUCCCCUGCCCGGAGUUCUUCUCUCACUUCAGCUCAGCGCCAGGGGCCGUGAAGCGGGACUGCACGGUCACCGGCUGGUCCGAGCCCUCCCCGCCUUACCCUGUGGCCUGCCCUGUGCCUCUGGAGCUGCUGGCUGAGGAGCACAGUUACUUCUCCACGGUGAAGACCAUCUACACCGUGGGCCACAGCCUCUCCAGUGUCGCCCUGUCUGUGGCCAUCACCAUCCUGCUGGCUCUCAGGAGGCUGCGCUGCCCCCGGAACUACAUCCACGCUCAGCUGUUCAUCACCUUCAUCCUCAAGGCUGGGGCUGUGUUCCUGAAAGACGCCACACUGUUCCCUGGGGACAGGACUGACCACUGCAGCUUCUCUACUGUUCUGUGCAAGGUCGCUGUGGCCGCCGCCCAUUUCGCCACCAUGACCAACUUCAGCUGGCUGUGGGCAGAAGCGGUCUACCUGAGCUGCCUCCUGGCCUCCCCCUCGCCCGGCUCCAGGAGGGCCUUCUGGUGGUUGGUUCUGGCUGGCUGGGGGCUGCCGCUGCUGUGCACUGGCACGUGGGUGGGCUGCAAGCUGGCCUUCGAAGACGUCGCGUGCUGGGACCUCGACGACAGCUCCCCCUACUGGUGGAUCAUCAAGGGGCCCAUCGUCCUCUCUGUUGGGGUGAACUUUGGGCUUUUUCUCAAUAUCAUUCGCAUCCUGCUGAGGAAACUGGAGCCGGCUCAGGGCAGCCUCCAACCCGGGUCUCAGUAUUGGCGUCUCUCCAAGUCAACUCUCCUCCUCAUCCCGCUCUUUGGCAUUCACUACAUCCUCUUCAACUUCCUGCCCGACCAUGCCGGCCUGGGCGUCCGUCUGCCCCUGGAGCUGGGCCUGGGCUCCUUCCAGGGCUUCGUGGUCGCCAUCCUCUACUGCUUCCUCAACCAGGAGGUGAGGACCGAGAUUUUGCGGAAGUGGCAUGGCCAAGACCCUGAGCUUCUGCCAGCCCGGAGGACUCUUGCCAGGUGUCCCACGGCUUCCCGCUGUGGGGCAAAGGCGCUGACGUCUCUGUGCUGA